CGAUCCGCGGUCACACGGGACAGAACAGCAGCGCGUCGUCGAAGUGAAAAAAAAUAAAUAUUAUUAAUACAAUAUAACAAGUGCGUUCGCGCAUCUGUGUGUGUGUGUGUGUGUGUGUGUGUGUGUGUAGGGAAACAGGCAGAGGCAACUAGCAGAAAUAGCAAAAGGAGACACAGCAGCACCAGCGAAUACUUCCCGGAACAAUAAAAUGCAGAAAUUUUGCACUAGGCGGUGCGGAUGCGGAUGCUAACAGCAAAAAUGCUAUUCGCUAUUCACAAAAUGCCGCAGAAAUUCUAGCAGCAACAAAAACACAGGCACAGGAAACCGAAAUCGGUGUGCAUUUUUUUUCGUGAUAGUGGUUGCGGGUUGCGGAGAGUGGAGCCUCGAAGAGUUGUGGGUUGUGGAGUAGAGCGGAGUGGAAAGGUGGAAAGUAAAAGUGGCUGCGGUGGCGGUGACUGUGCUUACUGACUCUGUAUGUGCGCGCGUGAAUGUUUGUGUGUGUGCUGUGCCAAAAAGAAGUUGCAGAAAUAUCAGAGUUACGCAAAAACAACUACAACAGCACUGCCGCAAAAGUUAUUGUGUAAAAUAAUUAAAUUGCAAAUACAUUGCCAAGAGAGCGCGAUUGAUUGAGUGAGAGUGCAGUGUAGUCCCAGUCCUAUUACAGAUUACAGUGAGUGACAGGCAGAGUGUGUGUUGGGAGCGACGACGAGGCGAGCGAAGAGGCGAGGCGAGGCGGAAGAGGCGACCCGGCGCAAUGAGCAUUAUUGGUGAGAAUAACGGCAGCAGCAGCAUCCCCCCUAACACCGCUACCGCCACCGUCAUAGCCACGGCCAAUGGGCCGCGCGUCGUUACCAUUUACAAGACGGAAACUGGCUUCGGUUUCAAUGUACGCGGUCAGGUGUCCGAGGGCGGACAAUUGCGCUCCAUCAAUGGCGAACUGUACGCUCCCCUGCAGCAUGUCAGCGCUGUCCUCGAGAACGGAGCGGCCGAGAAGGCUGGCAUCAAGAAGGGCGAUCGCAUACUGGAGGUCAACGGCGUCAGCGUGGAGGGAGCCACACACAAACAGGUUGUGGACCUGAUUAAGUCCGGCGGCGACUGCCUCACCCUCACGGUGAUAUCGGUGACCCAGCAGGAGGCCGAUCGACUGGAGCCGCAGGAGGACCAGAGCGGCUACUCCUACAUUGAUUACUCGGACAAACGCUCGCUGCCGAUCAGCAUACCCGACUAUGGGAUUGUCCACCGGAACGGUGAGCGCUACAUUGUCUUCAAUAUACAUAUGGCCGGGCGACAGCUGUGCUCGCGCCGGUACCGGGAGUUUGCCAACCUGCACUCGCUGCUGCGCAAGGAAUUCUCCGGCUUUAGCUUCCCCAAACUGCCUGGCAAGUGGCCCUUCCAGCUAAGCGAGCAGCAGCUGGACACGCGGCGACGCGGCUUGGAGCAGUACCUGGAGAAGGUGUGCGCGGUGCGGGUGAUAGCCGAAAGCGAUGCUGUGCAGGACUUUCUCACCGACACCGAGGACGAUAUCUCGGCCUCGCCGGUGGACAUCAAGGUGAUGCUGCCCGACCACGAGGUGACCACCGUCUCGGUAAAGAAGUCAUCAAGCGCCCAGGUCGUCUGGGAGAUCCUGGUGCAGCGCGCCAGUCUCACCGCCUAUACGCAGCAGUAUUUCUACCUGUUUGAGAUCGUCGAGUACAACUUCGAGCGGAAGCUGCAGCCGCACGAGAUCCCCCAUCAGCUGUACGUGCAGAACUACAGUACGGCCUCCUCAACGUGCCUCUGCGUACGCCGAUGGCUCUUCACGGUCAGCAAGGAACUAACGCUGCCCGACGGCGAGCAGGCCGGACGCUUCAUCUUCUACCAGGCUGUGGAUGAGGUGAAUCGUGGUAACAUCCGCGCCGACGGACGCCUAUACGAGCUGAAGGCUCUGCAGGAUGCCAAGAAGGCUGGCGACUAUCUGGCCCUGGCGCGCAGCCUGCCCGGCUACGGGGACGUUGUGUUCCCCCACUGCUCAUGUGAUAGUCGCAAGGAGGGGCAUGUGGUGCCCGCCGUAGGCAUGAAGAGUUUCCGACUGCACGCCUGCCGCGAGGAUGGCUCGCUGGAGGCGCAAAUGGUUGAGCUGACCUGGGACAGCAUCACGCGCUCCGAGAGCGACGAAGAGUCCAUGACAUUUUGCUUUCAGUACAAUCGUCCAGAUAAGCCAGCACGUUGGGUCAAAGUCUACACGCCAUAUCAUGCAUUCCUUGCGGACUGCUUCGAUCGGAUCAUGGAGGAGCGCAAAUGGGACGAUAGCGGCGACUAGAAUUGGCCAUUGGAGCGGCUGGAGCAGCGGCAGCUGGAGCGGCUGGAUCAGCGGCAGGAACCACAGAUUAAGCAACCCAAUCCCCUCCAGAGUAUCAUCAACAGUCGAGCCGAGGCAUUGCAUAUUGUUCGCUAGUUAAGGGACCCCCAUUUUGUCUCACUCUCUCUCCCUCUCUCUCUCUCUCUCGUUGUAAUUUUAUUUCUUUGCCACAUAUGUACAUAUGUGGGAUUCAAGCGGUGUUUCGAUUCAGAUUCAGACACGAUUUUCCAUUUUUCGAAUAUGAUUUGUACCAGUACAUGUUGAAGCAAUUGCAAUCGUCUUGGCCUAAUGAUGAUGAUGAUGAUGGAUAGAGGAAAAAAUAGAGAUGGAUAGAGAGAGGAUAGAUAUAUGUAUGAGUGGAAUGAUGGAAGGAAAAUGUUAACAGCAGCAACACAAAUGUUUCAAAUGUUUUCGGCACUUAGCACAUAGAGCAAAAGGCACCAAUUUAGAUCAAGCAGAAGAACCGACGAUUCUCAUAUACAAUAUAUACACGCAUACACAUACACAUAAUGAUAUAUACAUAUAUAUAGUUAGCCGACCUCAGCGUAAAUUUAAUGCAUAUUUUUUGUUUCCAUACAUUUGGUUUCGUUUUUUGUUGAAUCUUUGGCCAAAGUAUAGAAGGAGCUCCUCGCUCCUAAGGCAAAAAUAUAGAUAUUGUAAAAAGUCAAUUUUAACUGUACACAGAAUAUACAACGUAUAUAUAUAUAUAUAUAUACAUAUACAAAAUAUACAUACAAUGCAUACACAUUUACAUAUAUCUUACCAUGCAUAUACAUAUAUAUAAACAAUUAGCAAAACAAAUUGAAAAGCAUUGAUUGAUAGUUUACUUAUUUUUACGGUAGAACCAACUCAACAAAGAGAGAGAAUCAAAUUUGGAAAUAAUCGAAAAUGUGGAGAAGCCUACCAAGGCAAAGUAAAUGCAAAUUCAAAUUCAAACUCAAACUCAAAUUCAAUUUCAAAUAAUAAAAGGAUUAAAUGAAGCGAAACAAAAGCGAAGACAAAAUGCAAAGAAGAGUAAUUAUUGAAAUUAUUGUACUCAAGCGAGAACUUUCUGUAGAAAUUGUUAGUUAACUAUAAGCUAAAUUAAAUAGUUAUUGAUCAAAGGCAAAACAACACAAAACGAAACUUAAAAAUCGGACUCACAAAAAGCAUACGCUUGUGAAUACAAACGAAAAAGAAUGAAAGGGAAAGCGAAAGGGAAUGAUCUUUCAACACACACACAAACGCCGCAACGCAUUCCCCUUCAGUGCCGCGGAUAGCGAAUGCUCCACCUACAAAGCCCUUUAUCCGCAGACAGUCGUAGUUACAUUUGCAUUCGCGGGUAUGUUUGAGGGUACUAGGCGUACGUAUUGGCGAAUAACCUUGCUAUCUGGUACUGAGCUGGUACUGGGGGAUACCACAUCCAAACAUACAUACAUGCAUACAUACACACACACAUGUAGUUAUAGGAAUGCAUAUACAUACAUAUAUAUACACACAUUUAUCAACGAUGCAAGUGACGUCUGCUUGUGAUAUUUACAAUUUACACGAUUAUUAUGGUUAAUUUUCAACCUUAUUUAAUUGAGUAUAAUUCCACUCUACUUUUUUUUUUGUUCUGUUAAUCGUUAAUCUCUCAAUGUGCAGUCUGCGUAUAAAUGUCGUAUCUUGUACAAUGUAUUUAUUAUGUUUAGUUUAUAGUUCUAUCAUAAUAUGAAUUUCCAAUUACAACUACUAUUAUUAUUAUUAUUUUUUUUUUUGUCUUUUUGGCCAUUUACAAGUACUGUAGCAACGUUCGGCUUAGAUUUUUGUGUAUUCCAUAUAAUAUAAUUAAUAAUACUUAUUGAUUUGGCGCUGUCCUGGUUUUUGUUCAAUAGAGCGGAGAUCAUCGGGUUAUCUCUCGGGGAAGGGGUCAAAAGAGAAUAUACAUUAUAAAAUAUGCUAUAAAGUCCAUUCCAUUCCUCAAAUUAAACAUGCAAAUAAUUAUUACUGUUUUCUUACACAUUUAAUACAAACAAAAAAAAAAACACACAACAAAAAAAGAAGCUGGGAGAAACCAUCAAACGUUUAAAUGUAAGGCUAGAACAAAAACUAACAAAUUUAUCGAACGAAUAAUAAACAAAAUUGCAUUUUUCCCUUUUCAAAA